UUGUGUGUCUCAUGUUUACGUGGAAAACAUGGCGGCGGCGGCGGAGUCCCAACAAGGAGACAGCCCUCAGUGAGCCAGAGUCCUCCCGUCCCCGGCAGCGAGCGGCCGGGGGACACUGUUGACUCCCGGCUUCCGGUCGCUGGUUGUCCCGCAUGAAGCAGCUUCUCUCCCGUUUCCGCCACAGGCCCCGCGGUGAUGGAGGACGAGGAGCGGCAGAAGAAGCUGGAGGCCGGCAAGGCUAAGCUGGCAGAGUACCGCCAGAGGAAAGCUCACGCCGACUCCCAGAGGAAUCAGAAGAGGAAGAAGAAAAAGAGGACAACGGAGGAUUCAGAGGGUGAUGUGCAGGGACGGGUGCAGUACGACCCCAAUGAAUCUGCAGAGGUGGAGGACUUCCCAGUUGGAGGACGAGAUGGAGAACGAGAGGGAACUAAAGAUCCUCCCACCACAGAGUUUACCUUCGCAAGGACGCUGCGAAGCGGAGAGACUGUCCAGCAUGAUCAGACCUACACUAUAGAGCCGGAGAGUGAAGUGUCCACUACUGCUGAAGAUUAUUCCUCAGAGGUGAAUGGAUGCCACGAUGAGAUGUCAGAGAAUCUAAUGAUGUCUGCGAAGGAUUUUAUCUGGGAGGAGGUUGAGUCCCUGCCACAGGUGACAAAAGGAGGUACAAUGCAGGACGCACUUGCUGCCAAGACCCUGGCAGUGGAGGAGCUAAGUCCGGAGGAAAUCAGAGCUGCCUUUGGUACAGAAGGAGUGCAACAGCUGCAGGAUUUUGAAGCUGCUCUGAAGCAGCGGGAUGGCAUCAUCACGCAGCUCACGUCAAACCUUCAGCAGGCCCGUGAAGAGAAAGACGAGAUCAUGAAAGAAUUCCUGCAGCUGACAGAGCAAAGUCAAAAAUUACAAAUUCAGUUCCAGCAGCUGCAGGCGGGCGAGACACUAAGGAACACCAGCCACAGCAGCACUGCAACUGGUCUUCUGCAGUCCAGGCAGCAGCUUGUCCAGUACCAACAGCAGCUGGAGGAAAUGAACGUGGAGUCCAGAAAGCACCAGGAGAGGAGCAGUGAACAGCAAGAGCACAUCAGCCAGCUCCAACACAAACUCAAUGAGAUGGAGAUGUCAGGACAAAGAUCGGAAGAGUCAUUUACACAGAGGAUGAACAAAAAGGACCUGUUGAUUGCUGAACAAGAAAAAGUCCUUGCGGGUCAGGAACAGCUGGUGAUGGAGUUGAGAGUGGCCGAGAAGUCUUUUGUACAAACGCUGGAAGAGAAAAGUCUGUUUAUAUCAGGGCAAACUGCAAUAAUCACGGAGCAUGAGAGGUCAUUAACCCUGCUCAGAGAGGAACUGGCUCUUGUGGCAAGGACUUCAAAUGAAAGUAUUAUACAGCAAUCAGACAAGAAAGACUUGAUCAUAGCCGAGCAAGAGAGGGUAAUUUCAGAACGAGACGGCUCUCUCUCACAGCUCAAGGAUGAGCUCGAGACCUCUGAAAAACGCCUGCGUGAUAUCCAGCAGCGAAUGGACGCAAAAGAAUCAGAGCUUGAAAAAUGUCUGGAUGAGUUGGAGAGCACCAAAUCUGACUUGGAGAGCCGUAAGGGUGAAAUGGAGAGUUGUAAAUUAGAACUGGAGAAUGAGCGAGCAGAGUUGGAAAGUUGUAAGGGUGAACUUUCAAGCUCCAGACAGAAAGAGAGAAUGUCUUCUAAUGAAAUCAUGCAGCUCAUGGGCACAGUGGAGGACCUGCAGAAACGUCGUCACCAGGGCAGCCUGACGGAAAGCGACGCAAUCCAAAAAAUGCAGGAAGAGACUGGAAAGAAGCUUGAAGUUCUGAGGGCAGAGCUGGACGAGAUGUAUGGCCAGCAAAUUGUGCUAAUGAAGCAGGAGCUUAAUUUACAAAAUGCUGCGAAAGUGGAGCAAAUGACUGAGCUACAUAGUUCUGAGCUCGAGCUUUUGAAAGCACGAUUGUCUCAAAGCUCCACUCUUAGCGCUGCUGAGGUGGACAGUCUCAAUGCUAAGAUUAAGGAGCUUCAGGGGACAGUAGAGCAUUCCCAAGCAAUGCAUGAUGAAACCAUACACAAGCUAAGCCAAGUCAACCAAGAAAAACUCCACCUGCAGGUCAAGGUUGAGGAUCUUCUUCAGGAUCUUUGUUCCGCUAAUGAAAAAGUGGAGCAGGUCUCCCACAGUCUUAUUUCUCAGGAAAGCCAACUGGGUGAACUGCACCGCCUCCAGGAGACGAUUGACGGUCUGAAGAGCGAGCUGGCCGCUGCUCAGGAAGCUGCUGAAGACGCAGAAACUAAACAUGAAUCAGAAGUAACCAACUACAAGAUCAAGUUGGACAUGCUAGAGAGGGAGAAAGAUGCUGUACUGAACCGCAUGGCCGAGUCUCAAGAGGAAGAGCUGGACCGGCUCAGGACUAAGCUUCUGUUCAGCCAUGAGGAAGAGCUGACCCAUCAGCGUGAAGAAUUGCAGAGGGAGGGCUACAUGAACACAGAAAACCUUCUCAAUGAAGCUGCAGUCAAACACGAGAGAGCGUUGCAUGAGCUGCGUGUUAGUUACGAAGAAGAGCUGCAGCUGUCACGAAGAGAGAAGGCAAAUUUUGCCACAGAGCGAGAUGAGCUUUUGCACCAAAUUCUUGGCCUGAAAGAAGACCUCAAGCUGGCUUUGCACAACUCCAGAGCAGAUGAGCUUGUCCAGCAGCUCAAAGAGCUUCAGGUGGAGAUUGAGGAACUGAGAAAGGGAGAAGAACAACGAGCUAGAAUGGAAAAUGAAAUUCAGACGUUGCGAGAAAAGAAAGAAGUGCUGCGAAAACAGACAAGAGACAAAGAACAAUCCUGGGAGAACAAGUGGAAAGAGCAGGAGUUAGAAAAGACAAGCUUAAUGGAAUCUAAUAACACUUUGAAAGAAGAGUUGGACUCAAACUUUUUGCAAAUUGAGACACUGACAACAGAAAAUAAUCAAAUUCAGCAAAUAGUAGACAAGCUCAGAGAGAAAAUAGAAAACCAGAGGACUACUUUCUCAUUCGCCGAAAAGAACUUUGAGGUCAACUACCAGGAGCUAAAGGCGGAGUACAUGUGUCUCAUUGAGGCAAAGACACAGUUGGAAGAGAGGACACUGAAGGAGACACAUGAGUCAGCGGCGAAAAUUGCCAAUCUUCAGUCACAGAUUCGGGAUCUGGACGAGAGCAGCAGAGCUAUUAAAUUGGAGGAUGCGAAAAAAGAGAAUGAGGCUUUGGUCCAAAAAGUUACUACUGAGCUAAUGGAGAAACUGAAUGUUACUUUGGGUGAGAAGGAAAUCCUGGCUGGGAGGGUUUCUGAAGUUACAGAGAAACUCAUGUUCACAGAGAGCAAAGUGGGACGGCUGGAGGACGAGCUGAUGAACGUGAGAAAAGAAAAUGCAAAGGUCAUGGCCCAGAAUGAAAGCCUAGGAAAAGAACUGGAGAGAGAACAAGAGAUUAUAAGAGAGCAGGCGAAGGGGCAGGAUGCCCAGAGAAAAGCUAAGCUCCAGAAAGAAGAGGAUGCUGCUCAGCCAGUUAGUUCUUUUGAGGAUCAUCACUCUGAGAUUCAAUCUCUGCGAGAGGAGAUAAAGGCUCUUCAGUCCCUGCUGCGAACAGCUGAAUCAGAGAGAGACGACAUCAAGCAGACCCUGGAUCUCGAGAAGGUUUUGCAGACUAAUGCAGCGGCAGUCCAGUCUUUGGGGGAGGGACCUGUGGAAGAACGAUCCUCGCCACAGAAGUCCACAGCCUCAGGGUCAAACAGGCGCAAGAGACGGCAGAGGUCGAAGCAGGAGCGCAAAGUGGUCACUUCCCCGUCAGGCAGCAGAGAAGAAACGCAGAGGGAGGAGGAAGAGGACGCAGCGGCGGAGGAAGAGAGAGCUGCAAGUGCCGCAGAGCAGGAGAAGCAGCCUCAGAUGGAGAGCCAGGUUAUGUCAUGUUCACAGGAGAGGGCCAGUAAGGAGGACUCCACUGACGGGUACCAGGGAGACGGAGGCAGAGGCUACAUCAACAAAUCGGUGAGCCAACAUGGGAGUGACGGCCAUCACACGGAGCCUGACAUGUGCCAGAGAGCCGAGGGCGGAGAGACAACUGAGCAUGGUGAGUGCCGGCUGCAGAUGGAGGCCCAGCGUAUCAGCCUGUCUCAGAUCCACGCCGCCCAUCUCGAGCUGCUGCAGGAAGAGACGGACGCCCGCACACAAUCCCUGGAGCUGAAAUUGCGAAACCAGAAAGUUCACAGUGUCCUAGAUGAGCCAAAAUUCUUCAAAUAUCAAGACUUGUUACAAGCCGUGUCAGAAGAAUGCAUUGAAAUCAUUCUGUCUUUUCGGAAGCUGUUUGGUGAAGAGUUUUUGGAAAGUGUUGAUCUGAGCUGGCAGCCCCCUUCAGAGGAAAGACCAGAAACUAGUGAAUCCACCUCCAUUAUACAGGAGGCCAGAGAGCUAUACAGAGGUCUUCAUCAGGUGAGGGAGAGGAUUGAACAGGAGCAUCAGAGACUGUCACAGCUCCAGGCUCUGCUGAGGGUUGAUGGGAGCAAGAUGAUGGAACUGCAGAUGGCGUUCGAUGAACUGAAGAGCUGCAGUGAGAAAGAGACCUCUGACCUACGUGUGCAGGUUACCAGCUGUAGCUCCUCAAGCAAAGAGGAGCAGGUUGAGGCACCACCUCCCUCCAUAGCCAGUGAGUUACAGAAGCUGAAGGUGGAGGCUCAGGAGAAGCAGCUCCAGCUGGAGGAGAGUCACAGGCAAGAGCUGGAGCUUCUCAGAGCUCACUACCAACAGCAGGCCACAGAGGCAGAGGAGCGAUACGCCACUGAGCUCUUCCUGCUGCAGCAGCAACUGCAGGAGGCCACAAGUACACAGACCUACUACAGCCUGUCCACAGUACCUGAGUCCAGCUCUGAGAAGACCGACGAGCGCAGCGACGACCUAAAGUCUUCACAGGACCAGCUUGGACAAGAGUUGUCAGAGGGAGGUGUAGAGUUGAGUUUGUCUAAAAGGUCCACUGGCCUGACUGCACAGCUGCAGGCUCUGAGGAAAGCUCUCUACCACAAGUACGUCCAAGAGGUGGCCACUCUGAAGGAGCAGCACAACAGCGAGCUGAGGAGACUUAUAGAACACAGGGAGCAGGGGACGCAAAGAGAAGAGCGUCAAGGAGAGAGGGAGCAGGAUUUGGGCAGUGCUGGAAGCUCCAGUGGGAGCCUUGGGGCGGCCGAGCACGUCCUGCUGGAAGAAAAACAACACUGGGAGAGAGUCGAGGAAGAGGUUGCCAAGGCCAUAGUUCAGAUGUCAGUGGAGUUUGCACAGCAGACAGAGCUGGCUCGCAUCAAGCGUUCCUGCCAGACGAGUACCUCGAUGCAGACGCGGUCAUACCAGGAGGAGAGGGAGGACCAGCAGCCAGCUCCCAGGGCUUCAUUCUCCCAGGGCGCCUGGAUGGAGGAGUUGGAGAGGGAGAGACUGGAGAAGGAGCUGGAGGAGAGGAAUGCCGAGAUCCGAAAAUUAAGGGAGAAGCUGCAGAGAAGUGAAACAGCACCUGAGCAGGCCUUAAAGAAGAGGAAGGACGAUCAGGAAGAGGCUGAGGAAGAGGAAGAUCCAGGUGGGACGGGAAUAAAGUUAUCCUCACAGAAUGAUGGAGGGUCUUCCGAUACGGACAAUGAAAGAAACCUGUUGCGUAAGGCCAAUGAGAAACUUACUCAGGUGCUGGUCGAUGUCCUAAAGACCACGGCAGCAGCAGAGGAAACUAUGGGCCUCCACAUGCAAAGUCGCUGUGAUGCUUCCAGUGAAGAGCAGCAGGCUGCACCGCCCCCCUCCACCUCACAGAGAGCAACCUGGAAGAAAGUUAACACAUCCCCCUUCAGGCCUCAUGCUGCAGGUCACGCUGCUGACAGUUGCCAGGGCAGUGAGACCUCCACAGACGAUGUGAUUUCGUGGUCCGGGGAGACGGAGGCUGAUGAGGGUCUGGAGGAGUCCCAGAAGAUGAUGGAAAGCCUGCUGCUGGGGGCGGGGGCACAGUUAGAGAACGAGGAACAUCUCAUGGGCAUCGGCAGCCGACUCCAAACGGCUCUGGAGAAGAUGUUAAUGGCCAUCACAGACACCACCAACCAGGUUGAACAUGCCCGGAUAACCCAGACCGAGCUGAUGCGGGAGUCCUUCCGCCACAACCAGGAGAUGAGCGAGCUGAUCCAGAAGCAGGAGGAGCUGCAGGAGAGGGUCUCCGAGGAGUCCCGCGCACGGGAGCAGCUGGCUCUGGAGCUUCACCGCGCAGAGGGUGUAAUUGAUGGGUACACGGGCGAACGGGCUGCGUUGGAGGAGCAGUUGCGUCAGAAGGCAGAGCUGCAAAUGAACCUUGAGCAAGAGCUGCAGGUUACAAGUAGCCGGCUGCAGGAGUUGGAGCAGGAGAGGCUUCAGAUGCAGGAGGAGCGGGAGCUGCUGUCACGGCAACAGGACGCUAUGAGGGAGAACGCCGGUCCCCGUGAGCUUUGCCUAGUUGAAGCUGCAAUGGUUGCAGCACCUGAAGCAGACCUGCUGGAGGAGACCGAGAAGCUGAUGAAAGAAAAGGUGGAGGUCCAGCGUCAGGCAGAGAAGGAGAACACAGGCCUCCUGAAGCAGGUGAAGCAGCUGGAGGCCGAGCUGGAGGAACAGGUCAACAGGGUGAUAGAGCUGGAGCAAACACAGAUGACCGAGAGCGGAGACCUGCAGCAACAGAUCCAAGCUCUGGAGAAACAGCUGGAGAAGAACAGGAGGUUCCUCGAUGAACAAGCUGUGGACCGAGAACACGAGAGGGAUUUCUUCCAGCAGGAGAUCCAGAAACUGGAGGAGCAGAUGAAGAGUCCACAGAAGCUUCAGACAGGCUCUGAGCAAAGAAACCGAGAGGUGGACCAGCUGACCUCCCAGCUGAAGGAGAAGGCGGAUUGGUGCAGUGAGCUGCUGCUCAGCUCGGAGCAGAUGCGUCGUGAGUUAGGAGAGCGCGACGAAGAGAUUGACAAGCUGGAGAGCCGCAUCCGCGAGCUGGAGCAGGCCCUGCUGUCCAGCGCUGAUUCCCUGGAGAAGGAGGAACAAAAGAUACAGCAUGCAUCAAUCACUGAGACCAAACAGCCAACACUGGAGGCUCAGUUACAGACGGAGAGAGAAGCUCUGGAGCGCAAAGAGAAAGAGAUCUGUAACCUGGAGGAGCAGCUGGAACAGUUCAGAGAGGAGCUGGAGAACAAGAGCGAGGAGGUGCAGCAGUUUCAAAUGCAGUUGGAGAUCCAGAGCAAGGAGAUCAGCAGCCAGCAGGACUAUCUAGAAACAAGGGACAGCUUGAUCCAGGUGAUGGAGGAGAAGGACAGGCAAAUAGCACUUCUUAAUGAACAGAUCACUAAGCUUCAACACACGGAAACAGCUUCUGAUAACAAGGAGAUUGAUGCGAGGGAUGAGCUGCUAAAAGACCUGGAGUCCCAGGUGGAAUGCCUGCGUAGUGAACAACAGCGUCAGAAGAGGAAUAAUGAAGAGGAGCUUGACCAACUGAAUGCAGUCAUAGAAAAACUUCAGGAGGAACUGGCCAAUAUUGAGCAAAAACAGGCUGCAGAGGAAGACGAGGGUGAGGCAGAGAGUGGCACGUGGGGGCCUGCUCAAGAGGACUAUGAUGAAAUGAAGCAGAGAAUGGACCUGACCACCAACGAGCUGGACACGCUGAAAACGGAGCACAUUAAACUGAAGAAGACAUAUCUGUGUUUUAAAGAGAGCACGGACGCUUUGGAUGAAGCAGAAAAACUGGGUAGUUCAGAGGGCGAGUUUGAAGAACUUCUGAGAGAGAAAACUGCAGGUCUCCUCGUCAUGCAGGCCCAAGUUCAAGCUCUGGAGCAGAGUGCAACGUCCAGGGUGGAGGAGUUGGGGCUACGUAUCCGGGAGCUGGAGGACAUGGUUGUCGAAAAAGACUCUGAGUUAAGCCGCAGUCGCCUCCUUGUGGGGCAGACUCAAAGCGAUGCAGAUGGUCUCCAGCAGAGGGUUUCUAACCUGGAGGGAAAUCUGAGGGAGAAAAUGGCUUCAGCGCUGGUGAGCCAAGCCACCCUGGAGGCCUUCCAGCAGCAGCACCAGGGAUCCAAAGAAAACCAGGACAUGCAGAGACGAACAGAGACACGUGUGAAGCCCGAUGACGAUCCCCAUGUUCUUGACUUUGGUGACUUUGGUAUUCCCAAAAUGGGUUUCAGCGGACUGGGCCAAGGGAGACACGUUUCCACCGGGAAGGUGGUGCAUCUGACCCAGAAACUUAUGGAGCUGGAGGUGGGACUGAAUGGGAUGCAGAAAGACCAGGAGCUCCAGAAGCAGCUGCUCUCCAGCUCUGAGGAGGAGGUGCUGGAGUACGAGAAGAGGCUGGCCGUGCUCAUGGACCUGCUGGGUCAGAUGAAGGCCAGCACACACCAGAGGUCUUCACCGGCUGUGGAGGUCUCCUCUGCUGUUUCCAAGCCAUCAGUGUCAGGACUUGUUCAGGAGUUGCAGGAGGUUAAAGAUGAGACCUCGGCCACCAAGCAGCAGCUCGACAGCUACAACAAGAGCAGCAGCAGACUCCAGGAGGAGCUCCAGGAAAAAACUGCAACAUUAGAGAGAGUACAGGAACAACUUCAAAAGGUAUCAUCUAGUGACAGUGGGCAAGUCAAGCUUCAAGAGGAACUCAUGGAAGCUCAAGAGGAGGCAGCAGCUGCCAAAGAGGAGCUGAACAGCUGCCAGGAGAGUUUGGAGAAGCUGCAGGAACUGCUGCAGGAACGGGAAAUGACCAUUGCUCACCUCAAAGGAGAACUUUUCCAAGUAAAAUCUGUAGAAGGAUCUGACAGGACAGAGCUUCUACAGGAGCUGCAGGAGGUCAAAGAAGACGUGGCAUCCACCAAAGAGGAGCUCAACAGCUCCAGCCAGCAGAAUGUGAAACUACAGGAAGAGCUUCAAGUCCGUGAACUGUCAAUAUCCAAGCUCAAAGAGGAGCUCCAGCAGCUGGUUAAGGAUGUGGAUUCCACCAAAGAAGAGCUCAACCGCUCCAGGCAGCAGAAUGAGAAACUACAGGAAGAGCUUCAAGUCCGUGAACUGUCUAUUUCUAAGCUCAAAGAGGAGCUCCAGCAGCUGAUAAAAGAUGUGGAUUCCACCAAAGAAGAGCUCAACAGCGACAGGCAGCAGAAUGAGAAGCUGCAGGAAGAACUCCAAGUCCGUGAACUGUCUAUUUCUAAGCUCAAUGAGGAGCUCCAGCAGCUGAUAAAAGAUUUGGAUUCCACCAAAGAAGAGCUCAACAGCGACAGGCAACAGAAUGAGAAACUGCAGGAGCAGCUCCAAGUCCGUGAACUGUCUAUUUCUAAGCUCAAUGAGGAGCUCCAGCAGAACAGGCAGCAGAAUGAGAAACUCCAGGAGGAGCUCCAAGUCCGUGAACUUUCUAUUUCUAAGCUCAAUGAGGAGCUCAAGCAGAACAGGCAGAAUGACAAACUCCAGGAGCAGCUCCAAGUCCGUGAACUGUCUAUUUCUAAGCUCAAAGAGGAGCUCCAGCUGAACAGCCAGCAGAAUGAGAAACUGCAGGAGGAGCUCCAAGUCCGUGAACUGUCUAUUUCUAAGCUCAAAGAGGAGUUCCAGCAGAACAGCCAGCAGAAUGAGAAACUGCAGGAGGAGCUCCAAGUCCGUGAACUGUUUAUUUCUAAGCUCAAAGAGGAGUUCCAGCAGAACAGGCAGAAUGAGAAACUCCAGGAGGAGCUCCAAGUCCGUGAUCUGUCUAUUUCUAAGCUCAAUGAGGAGCUCAAGCAGAACAGCCAGCAGAAUGAGAAACUCCAGGAGGAGCUCCAAGUCCGUGAACUGUCUAUUUCUAAGCUCAAUGAGGAGCUCCAGCAGAACAGGCAGCAGAAUGAGAAACUCCAGGAUGAACUGAACAUAUGUCAAAUGUCUGUUUCAAGGCUCAGAGAUGAGCUGAAGGAGGCACAGACAGCUCUGAUGAAGACGGCAGACUCUGUUCCUCCUUCUCCAUCUCCUUCACCAUCUCCAUCUCCGUCUCCUCAGCCACUGUCCUCUGCUCCAUCCUCCUCCACCACCCAGCCCAAGAGGAAGGGAGCCAAACAGCCGGCUGGUAAGGGAAGCAGUGUCAAAGAUAAACCAUCUCUGUCCAAGAAGACCUCUGCUGGUUCCAGCCAGUCCUCCCACAGAUCUCACGGCGCCCGGCCGAACAGCAGCUCUGAACAGCAACAUGUGGCCGUGUCGGACUCGUUCACUCAGACCGAACCUCUCCAAAUGUUGGACUUCAGCGCGGAAAGCACGUCUGCCGUUAAAGAGGAGAUGGAGGAGGUGAUCGGCGAGUUUCAGGAGAAGAUCGUGCAGAUGCAGGAGCUCCACGCUGCAGAAAUCCUGGACAUGGAGGCUCGGCAUAUCACGGAGAGCGAGAACCUGCGGCGGGACAUACAUGCACUGGAGGAUGAGUGUAAAGCACUGAAGUCCGUCAUCCUCAAGCUACGCUCUGCUGAGGCUCCAACAUUGAGACAAGAGCGUUCUGUGCCCCAGUUCAAAGAUGGAUACACCAGUGACAGCAGUUCAGACUACAGCCAGCGGACUGGAUGUGACCUCCCGAGUUUGCACCAAGAGUUCAGGACAACACCAGAGGGCGCCAGGAGAGAAACUGAUGAUCAAAUGCCUGACCGCAUCAAAUUGUUGCUCCGUGAGGUUCACCAGGAGGGGAUGCAGGUGCUCUCUCUGUCGGAGAUGCCGCUCCCUGGAGACGAGCCGGGCAACGUCCAAGACUGGAUGAAGGAGAGGGAUGAUUUGCUAGCAACCGUGGAUUCUCUCAAAGGCCUCAUCACUCAGAUGCAGACCCACAGAGAAACACAGGCGUCGGGCAGCGUGGACUGGCGUGCCGAGCUCCUGGACGCAGUGAGGCAGGUGUUUGUAAGGGAGCGAAGUGUCCUGAAGAACAUCCUCUACAGCCAGUUGGACCUGCUGGACACCAGCGACGCCAUCAUCCACCUCAAUCAGCUGGAGCACAGGCUCAAUGAACAGGACGCCCUCCACAGAGACGCCAUGGGUUCCCUCCACACUGCAGAGCGGACGAGUCUCAUCUCUGAGAUUCAUCAGCUCCGUGGUCAAUUAGAGCAAAUCCAUCAAGGUGUCCGGCCUGCAGCUUCUUUGGCAGCUGAAGUUAGUAUGAGGGAGCAGAGGCAGGGAGGAGGAGCGGGAGGAGGAGUGGGAGGAGGAGCGGGAGGAGGAGAGGGAGGAGGAGAGGGAGGAGCAGCGGGAGGAGGAGCAGUGGAGAUGGACAGGCUGCUGGUGGAGGAGCUGAAGGUUGAACUGUCCCAGACGAAGCUGGAGCUGGAGACAACGCUCAAGACCCACCACAAACAUCUCAAAGAGCUGGACACACUCAGGGCCGAGGUAUCGAAGAAAGCUGCCGAGGUGGACGCACUCAGUGACCAGCUGACAGACGAGAGGAAGAGCAGCAGGGAUUUGCAGUGGGCCAUGGAGAAGGAGAAAUGUCGCACUGGAAGAACUGAGGAGAGUAAAAAGGAAGAGAUGGAGGACCUCCAUCUCAGUCUGGAGGAGCAGAAGGGCCGUGUGGCCCAGAUGACCCUCACCCUGAACCAGGAGCGCCAGGCCUCGUCCCAGCUCUCCCAGCAGGGUGAGCAGGAGCGUCUGAGUCUCCAAAGACGCCUCCAGGAGCUUCAGGUCCAGUUAGACACUGAGCGAGCCAAGGCCCUGGAGAUGAGAACCGCACUCGGGAGAGAAAGGGAGCUGCGGACAAGUGUCGCCUCCGAGAACGUCUCCUCCAAUGAGGAGCGGGUAGAGAAGGACAGGAGCGGCGUCGAGGAGGAAGGGAGUCUGCUGGAGAGACUGCAGAGGGAGCUGGAUAACAAACACACACAGAUUGUGCAUCUCCUCGAUCAGGUGGAGGCCCAUAAGCUCGAGGUGGUGCGGAGAGAGGAAGAGCUGAAUUUGGCGAGUCAGAGGUCGAGGAGGGACCAGGAGACGCUGCUGGAGGCUCGGGCCCAGCUGGAAAACCUGGAAGCACAAAUGUCAGAGACCCAGGAGCAGCUGGAGAGAGAGAUGGAGAAGAGGAAGAGCCUGGAAGAAGAGAAGGAGAGCCUGGAGGAGAGGAUAACCCGAGUCGAAGAGCAGAGAAGACAAAAGGAGGGGAGGGGACCUCAGCAGGCUGACAGUCACACUCAGGCAGACGGCCACAGAGAUUCCCCCGACCGCACCACAGACUGGGUGUACCAGCAGAAAGGUGGGAAUACGUCCCCCCACCUGCAGCUCUCUCCAUCAGCUCACACCAGCGGAUCUCAUCAUGGUCCUUGGCGCACGGUCGACAAGAUCGUGGGAAAACUCCAUCUGGUUUCCUCAAAGAUCCGCAGCAUGGCGAAUAAUACAACUGGCAGGCUGACUGCGGAGGUCGACAGUGAAGAGUUGUCCUGGGUGCAGUCCAGUGUUGAUGAGGUCAUAACUAUGCUGCAACAAUCCCCCGGUCUACCCUCCAUCCCUGAGAGUGUGUCCCUGCUGGCAGGAGGCUCCUCCAGCUCCUCCAACUCCCUGACGGAGCGGCUGCUGAGGCAGAAUGCCGAGCUGACAGGUUUUGUAAGUCGUCUGACCGAAGAGAAGAACGACCUGAGAAACCACACGCUCCGCUUGGAGGAGGAGCUCCGACGUUACAGGCAGACUGGACUGGGAUCAGGAGAAAGUUCCCUCAGCCGGAGGGGAGUGUCUAAGAUGGACUCGGCCAGUGUGCUGCUGUCCCACGAGCGGGAGACUUGGACUCGAGAGAAGAUUCGUCUGGAGAAAGCUUUGAAUCUGGCUCAGAUGCAGGUGGCCCGACUUCGAGGAGAGAUCAGGAGCGACACCCUGCGAGAGAUAACUGGACCUGAGGCGGACAACGCUGCACUGAAGAGGAUGUAUGGGAAGUACCUGAGGUCCGAAAGCUUCCGUAAAGCUCUGAUCUACCAGAAGAAAUACCUGCUGUUACUGCUGGGCGGCUUCCAGGAGUGUGAGGACGCCACGCUGGCGCUGUUGUCCAGGAUGGGCGGCCGCCCGUCGCUCUCCUGCCUGGAUUCCUCCAGUCAGCGGCGCCGAGGGCUGACGCGCUUCCGCUCCGCCGUCCGAGUCUCUAUCGCCCUCUCCAGAAUGCGUUUCCUCGUGAAGCGAUGGCAUAAAGCAACGGGGAUGAACACCACGACCCUCUGCAGCGUGCACAAGAAUGGAACAGGUCAGACGUCAGGGUCAGAGGCGAGAGAUUCACCUUAUCUCCUCCAUCCGGGCGGCGUGGACAUGUACAGAGAUAAGAGCAGCGCAGGAGGAGUCUCCGGCAGCAGCAGAGGGAGAAGUGGACGAGAGUCCCCCCGGUCAGCUGUCUCCUCCACCCCCCACAGGUUCCACUUGUCCGGAGACCACGGAGCUCUCACCUGCUCCCACCUGCAGAGCUACGACCCCGACCGGGCGCUCACCGACUACAUCUCCAGACUGGAGGCUCUGCAGAGGAGGCUGGGGAACGUGACAUCAGGUGCUUCAUCGUACGCUCAACUGCACUUUGGCUUGAGACGAUAGACGCCGACAAGUUACUCUGGCUUGAAGAAACUCAAGUUGCCUUUUCUCGUGCUGAGCGUUCUGCUGUUUUCUAUCACUCUGGUGUGGACUGUAUCUUUCCAUGUGUGGACCAAAACACAUUUUUUUUAUUCGUGUACGACAUGUGUUCAGGCUUUUUGUCGACAGCACUUGAAAAACAGCUACGUUUGUAAUUUAAUCUGCCUCUUUGUUGUGGAUGAUCUGCAAAUCAUGUAUAUUUGUCUAAUGCUAAUUUAAGACCUCGUGAUUAAUUUAUGUUCGUGUUCGUAUGGGUGGAGCGUUAAGUAGAGAAUGUUUGGGUUCAAUGUUGAGGAGGCUGCUACUGGAAAUCCUACACUACACUGUGUUAUGUUGAGGUCGGACAGACGACAGGACAUUUGUAGAGAAAGUAUUUUUGUAAAGCGUUAGGAGCUUUGAAUUUUCUGGGUAUUUUGUCAAAAACUGAAAUAAAGAGGACAACAUUAUUUCAAAGA